UUAAAAAGAGGGCUCGUUUGAUAAAUAUACAACACUUCCGACCGACUCCGGAUCACUGAGCACAGAGGGACACUCUGCACUGAGCAGCUGCUACAUAUAACAAGGAUGAAGAACUUCAUUCGGUCCCUUCUCCUUCUUAUCGCUGUGAUUGUGUCAACUACCGGUGCUCAGGAAGAGAUUUAUGCUAAGGAGGGACAGGAUAUUACCUUGAAGCCAAUAUCCUAUCCAGCACAAUCUUAUGUGUACUGGUAUUUUGAAAAACAGGAUGGUCAUCAACUUGCUUGGGUCAACCACUUAGGCGGAAAGGGAUUCAGUAAUGAUGAGAAGUGGAAAAACAGCUUGUCCUUAACUGGUACCUCGCUGGUCAUAAAGAAUUUACAGAAAGGCCUCUUUGGGACUUUCUUCUGUAAAAUCACUGCAGCCGGUCAGAGUGACUUGAUCACUGUAUUUAACGUCAUUCAAGUCAAUGUGAUUGAGAAAUCAGCCUCUCCUCUGUUGUCUGGUGAUAAUCUGAGUCUGACCUGCAGUCUGGGAAGUGUUCCUCAAAACACACCUGAGAUUUACUGGGUCAGUCCCCAGGGAAACAGAGAAGGAAACAAAGGAACAGUCGACAUUCAAGCCAGAAGUGAACACAAUGGCCAGUGGGACUGCGUAGUGAAAAAAAAUGGCAAUGAAAAGAAGUUCCCAGUUUCUGUUACAGUUGUGGACCUCGCCCCUGUGCCUUCGCAUCUGUAUACAUCCACAGACUCGCCUCUCACCAUCCCUUGUUCUUUAAUUUCAUCUGUUACCUGGGAACAAGUGAAAAAAAAGGAGAUUGAGGAAGUUCAGUGGCACUUUGCUCCUAAACUCUCCUCAGGCACCUCUCCUGACCAGCCACAGCAGCUCUUCUCCCUUGAUCUGGAAAAACUUACCUGGAAGAAGAAUGCAAACAACGGACUGUCUCCUGUAUAUUACAUUAAAAAUGGAAAUCUGUCUUUGACCAAAUCAAAGGCAACAGUAGAAGACAGAGGACGCUACACGUGCUCAAUGAAAUUUAAAAAUGGCAGGACUCUGGAGACCACAGUAGACGUAGUGGUGUUGGAAAUCAUUGCCCACCCAAAAACAGAGCUAAUCUACGGUCAGCAGGUCAAUCUGUCCUGCAGCACUGGUGAACAGCUGCCCAAUGAUAUGAAGUUAAAUUGGACUUCACCUAAAACAUCGUCCUCUUACAUCUCUUACCCCACCCAUAUUACUGUCCCGGAAGUGGGCAAAGAGGAUAACGGAAAGUGGGGGUGUGAGCUGUGGCAGGGCGGCAACAAGCUGACGUCAGAUGAGAUACUGCUUAAGAUCGAGCCCAGACUGAGUGUGUGGAUGCUGGUGAUCAUUUGCAGCGCAGCAGUCAUCCUUCUCCUCCUCCUCGUGCUCGCUUUCAUCCACUACCGACGCAGAAAACAGAAAACGAGACUCCUCAGGCAUCGACUCUGCCAGUGCAAAAACCCCAAACCAAAAGGAUUUUACAGAACAUGAAAGCUCACCGACCGGAUCUUUAAGAAGAAACGGGAGCACGCUGAAUUUCUGAUCUGAUAUGUUCUGAUUUACCUGAAUUACCUGGAUUUACAUCUCUCAUUUUGCCAUAUUGGAAAGUAAAAGUACAAGAGUUUUGUUGGGUUGAGGAUCAAACAUAUCAGGCAAUCUGGACUGAUUUUAUGUAUUUUAUGUAUGAUUAUUACCGUCUAUGACUUUAAAUCAUUUACACUUUGAGUCUAUCUGUAGACUAAAUUUCCUGUCUACUUAUGUAUAUUUUUUGAGGAGGUCUGUAAUGCUUUCAGAUGUGUAGAUGCUUCUGUAAAUUUACAUGCGCAGCAUAUUAUUUGUGUGAAGUUUAUUGCUAAAAAUGGAAAGAUGAAAACUGUAAUGUGUAAAAACAUUAGCAGAUGUUUUCAAU